GUAAAUUAUGCGGUCACAUGACCAGAAAUGAUCAUAAAAACUUGUAAUGUCGAUGAAAUGAUGUUGUUAUGAGUGUUCAUCGAUCAUGUCGCUUGUAAACUCACCCGUACAGACGAACGAUGUUCGAAACGAUAAUAACGAUAUUGCUGGUGAGCAGGACGAUGCCGUUUCGUCUCAGGUAAGAGGACGUGCACUUAUUUAUCUCGCCUUUAUCGUACUUGUAAUUUCCCCUUCAGAACUUUGCUUAAAGUCACGUAGGUGAAAGUUCUACAAGGCACUUGGCAUUGCCAAUUAUGACCUUCUGGGUGAUGUUUGCAAGAUUGUUUACAGAAAAAUUAUGCCUUAUGUGUUUUUACGCCAAGGUCCGGACGGUGCAGCAAGUCAUACGGCUCACAAGCGAAAAUUUAGAAAAACUGGAUCGCAAUUUCAAGGGUAUCAGACAUCCCCCGUCGAUGUUUUUAGAGGUACGUUGGUUAGAUUUCCUUCCAGUUUCCGUCGUUGUAUUAAAAAUUUGCAAAUAUGAUGUCCAUAAAAAAGCUACAAUCACGAAUUUCGAACGCCAUGUUUUUUUCAAGGCCUAGCCAAAUUGCUACACAGGGCAGGUUAAUAUGUAACAUUUUGACGCUGUAUGGUGGUUUUAUGUAUACAUGGCAGCUUGUACGCAGGCUUAUGUUUGUUUGUUUACGGAGAUUCUGUUGAAUAUUCUGUUCAAUUAAUCACCAGGGUGACCAUUUAGACGUUUGUUAUUGGUUAUUGACCUGCCUGCUGUAUACUGUACCGUGUUCUUCUUCAUUUGUAUUGUUGGGGGUUGUAUUCAUGUUGUAUUUUAUUAUUAUGACCUGUUAAGAGAUAUCCAUAAUUUAGAUGAAUUUUAUACAUUGGUUACAAGAGUAUUUGGGUAUGAUGUACGUAUCAUUGUUAAUCCCAAGUGUCGAGGGAGUGGAUUUGACAUUUUUAUAUUAAAAAUGUCAAAUGCCGACCAAAUUCCAGGGUAAGUACCCCACCCUUGCGAUGGCCUUUAUUUUCCUGAAGCAUUUGGUUUGUUCCCUACUAAUGCAUGCUAUCGGUGAACUUAAGUGGUCUAUAAACAUUCACAACACUAUCAAACUAUGUGCAUAUUAAAGGAAUACCGGAUGGUUUUCCGUGCAGGAUUGCGUGAUCCAUGCACCAGGGAUGUCGCGAGAUUUUCGGAAAGUGUAAAAGUACUCGAGCCGCAGGCAAGUGUAUUUUUAUGCUUUCCGAAAGUCGACCAACAUCCCAAGUGCAUGGAUGACGCUAUUCUGCUUGGAAAACCAUUUGGUAAUUGUUUUAUAAAAUAACUACAGUGAAAAAAUGACAUUUUGAGAAUCCCGUGAAAAUCCUGCAAAGGCAUUUUAAUUCCUUGUGCAGGAUAGCCUGAUCGUGCAUGGCUAUUGGCCAAUCAAAUUGUGUAUUUCACUGUAGUUAUUAUAUCUUGUUCAUCGAUCUGAAGGAUAGACUGAUAUCGGACUAUAAAAAAAUCCAAUAAUAUCGACUAUAUUGAAUAAUGUAAAUUAGAAAACAUAGUUUAGUCAACUUGCAUAUAUACUGCAUCACAAACAAAUUGCAUGAAACAUAGGAUCACCAAUUUCAUCACUUCUCUUAAAGUAGUAAUUUCAAACAGGACUUUGUUGAUUUGACAUAUUGUCUACUAGAGAUUUUCCUUUGCAAGAAUGAUCUGUGAGAUUUUGAUGCUUUGUUUUCAAACCCUUAACAACCUGCGCUGAUAUGCACCGUGAAGAUUAUUAUUCAAAGUAGUGCAGAUGCCAUCUUGUGUGAUCUUUCUUGUAUGUGAUCUUCUGUCAUCACACUUAUUCUGUUUACACUUUUACAUUGCCCUUGCACUUGCUACUUGUUCACAAUUGCCGUCCUACAUAUGUUUCCUAAACUUUACCAGACAAUAGUUGCUGAAAAAAGGAGAUUAAGUUAUCUUUACUAGUUAAAACUUUUAUAUUUUUGAUAUGCAAAAUAUGCAAUAUGAGUCGAAUAUUGAUAUUUCUGAGAUAUCAAUAUUUAUCGAAAAUAUUGACAUAUUGCAUCAGCCUUACUGAAGGAUCGUCCAUUUUAGUAUAAACCAACUGACAUACAAGACAAUGAAAUCACAUGGCAAAUAAACUAGCUAGAAAGACUGCAAUGGGCUGUUGUGGUAUUUAAUUUGAUACAUAUCAAUAAGUUUUGUGUUUUUUAAUUUUUUAAAUUGGACCCAACAAACAUACACUUUGUAGUCCAUUGCUAAUUUGCAUAAAGUUGCACAACAUACAGUAUGUUGGUAUCAUGAUAGGAUAUUGGUUUUUGUCCACACCACAAUGCUAUUACAGCCUACGGUAUACCACUGGGACCAGCUAUAGUACUGUAAAUUGUGGUCAGAAAACUUUCAAAGAGGCACCCUACAACAGCUUUGCCAUCGGAGGGUCCAGGCUAGAACUUUAGCCAAAUUAUUGGUGGAUUAGCUGAAUUACACACAGAAUAUUCAUGGUUGUUUACACAGUGCAGGCAAGGUCAAGGAAACAUUUGCACUGAAACAUGCUUUACACUGAAAACUCUGUAUUUCUUAGUACUGUCUGUGCAUGAUCACACUGCAGAAUCAAAUACAUGCUCAUAAUGUAUUCCCUAAUAAAAGUCAUUAGAGUUGGUGUAAAAUUUCGGUCAAGGUCAAGGGAAGCGAAAUUAAUGCGAAUUCGUUGGGAGUUGGGGUUUAUAACCUAUAGUUUGAGAUAACCAAGUAAAAAUGAUUAAAAUAGUAUAUUACUAUCAGGCAAAUCUACGGAAAAUUAUGUUUAAAGGGAGUUCGAGAUAUAGCGAGAUUUUACCGUAUAUUUUAGUGUUUAUCUUGGAAAAAAGAUGGCUGCUUUUUAAAUAUUACGCAGUUCAAAUUGACCCGGGGGAGGGGGCAAAUUUCUUAGGAAAUAUGACUCCCCAUUCGUCCUUAGGUUGUGUAAUAAUGUUGUCCAGCUGAAGUGAGCUUCAUGAAAACAUUUGCAUGCACCACCGAUGAAGCAGCAUCACCCAAAUAUACGUCAAACUCGCUGGCAAAUUUCCUAGGCACGUGCUUCCAACAACGCAAACGAAUGGUCAAUUUUCAAACUGGCCAAAAAACAGAGUAACUUAGUUAAUACGUAAUCAUGCGAUGGCGAGUACAAUUAAGGAUUAAUAGUACGAGUGAUGUUUGGGAAUUUUGCCAAAAUUGGACGAGCCGCCGGGGCGAGUCCAAUUUGGCAAACCUUCCAAACAUCACGAGUUAUUGAUAUUCACCGUGGUCAGGCAUAUUUUUCAAGCUUGCCCGGUGUGGAUAUGCACUCAGAGUAACAUCACAAGCAAAUCACGAGUUAUUAUUAUUAUUGUUAUAAUAUACUUGUUUAUUAUAAGCAUGACAAAAUUGGAUAAUUCUCAAUGUCAACAUCAUAUUUUCUCGCCAAAGCCCAGUCCUGCCAGACUUUCAACCAAAAUUUGGUGCUUUUGUUCGUAUUUUCAUUUUAAUUCGUUCUUAUGCUUUAAGUUCCUCUAGUGCAAUUUCAUUUGUGAAAUUGUGUUAAAUACCUUUCCGCCAUUUUGUUUGUUUUGGGAAAAUCAUUAAUUGUAUACUGCAGUAAAAUUAAUGAAAUAAUUGUACUCCUCUCAACCAAUCAGCAUCCAGUAAUUUGUCAUGCUAAAUAAUAAAAAGAAAAAGUAGUUUCAAUUAAAAGUAAAUGAACAUCAAGAUAACCCAAAUAAACUAUGGUCGUUGAUUAAAGAUCUAUCGAGAGCAUCAUAAAUUGGGAGAAAACAACGCGGUGUUCGUCAAUUAAACGAAAACGGAUAACUAACUGUAAGCAGAAGCAUUUCCGAAAUCUUUAGCUCGUUCUUCGUUAGUCAACCACAACGUCUCUUAGUCUACUUUUUGUAACGAAUCUCUGCUAAACUCUCUAAAGAUAAAGUUUGAAAUUCCACAUAUUUUUCCAGAAAAGGUACUUCAACUGCUAAAUCCUGUGCCAGCAAAUAAUAAAGCAACAGGUGCUGAUGCAUUGAGUCCUAAUGAAAAUUUCUGCUUCAUCCAUAUCAAGCUCAUUCGCACGUUUCAUAAACCAUUGCAUAGCCAACACCUAGCCAAAGUCAUCCCCAUUUUUAAGAAUCAAGGAAGCGUAGAACACAAACAAAUUACAGACCAAUAUCUGUUCUUCCGAUCCUCUCAAAACUGUACAAAAGACAUCUCUAUAUCAAGAACUAUUUUCACACUUAUCCAAUAACAAUUUCCUACGGCCUGCAUUCUGUCUUUCGCAGACGCCACUCGACUGAAACUGCUCUAAUUCGCUUACUAGACCAAAUCGUUCUUGACCUAGAUAAGAACCACGUUACUGGCGUUGUUUUCGUAGACUACAGCAAGGCGUUUGACUUGACUGACCACCAUCUUUUAUUGCAAAAGUUGAGCGCUUAUGGAGUGGAUGAUACCUAUCUCAAGGUUUUCCAAAAUUACCUCUCGGACAGGACACAGUUUGUAGAAAUCAACGGCUUCAAAUCAUCUCCGUUAUAUAUAACCCAUGGUGUUCCUCAAGGUAUCAUUCUUGGCCCUCUUCUCUUUCUUGCUUUUAUAAAUGAUCUACCUCCAAAUAUACCUGAUUCAACUGUUGAUGAAAACGCAGAUGACACUAAGUAUAUACUUUCUCUUCCAGUUCCCACUUCUCUGUCGCGUCGAUUGAAUUAGAAGUUAACCUUCAACACGAUAUAAACAAACUAUGUCAGUGGUCAGACCUAAAUCGAAUGGUACCUAAUGCUGACAAUACCAAAUUAAUUCUUAUUACUGGUAAAUGCCUUAAAUCUCGAAUACAGUUAUCUUCCCUAUACCUCUUGCUGCAAGUGAUUCAAAUAUUGAAGUGGUUUCUUCACAGAAAUUACUUGGCGUUUAACUUUCAGAGAGCAUAUAAGCAAACUUAGUAAAAACCUUGGUAAAAAAGUCGGCCUCCUGAGGGAAAUACGAAGAUAUUUACCACUAUUUGAGAGAAAGCUAUUUACAACGCUGUCGUCAAGCCAAUUAUGAUGUACGGUAUUAAUAAUUCUAUUUGGAGUUGCUGCUCGCGAAACAAUCUGCUUAGAAUUUUUAAAUUACAAAAAAGAGCAGCUCGUGUAAUUUUAGGAACUGACACUUCCUCCAGGUCAUUCGCCAAUUUUAAUAAACUGGACUGGAUACCUUUUUAAGACGAAGUUAAAAUUAACAAAUGUAUACUCUAGUUUACAAGAGCCUGCAUGGUCAAGCUCCUCAGUAUAUUAAGAACUUGUUUAAAACAAAUAAUGAAAUAAAUGGUAGACAAACUCGUCAUGGCGAAUAUAAUUUAGCGUGUCCUACAUACAGUUAUGCAACUGAUGGAGGAAAAUCUGUAACAGUCAGCAACAUUGAAAUAUGGAAUAAUCUUCCGAAGGAUAUUAAGACAAAAUCUAAUGUUAAUCCCUAUAAGGCUGCCCUCAAAAACUAUUUCUUGGAAUCAUACAAGGGUAUCGAUCGCUUUGAAUUAUUAUUGUGAUCAGUAAAUUGUGUAUUUUCAUAUAUAUAUGAAUUUAUAUUCUUAAGAUCUUUUAUAUAUUUUUCUUACUCUAAGUAACUUUUAAACGUUUUAAAGUAGAAUUAAUGACUUUGUAUAAAGGGCAGGUCAGGUUUCAACAUCACGUUUUGAUGACGUGUUUGUUACGGAUUAUUUCUUGCUUCCUGCAUGUAACAAACACAGUUAUCAAUUUAUACGAAUAUAUCCAUUAGUACGAAUGGAGUAGAUUCGACAGUAUUCGCCAUGUAUGAAGAUACUCGGGUUAAAACAAUUAACAUCAUUGUUCGAGGGUUUCUGUAGAUCUUAUAAUUUAUUGGACCUAAUCAGGAACAGCUGCAAAAAAUGCAACUACUCUAUAAAUAGGCCUUUGCAUGGGCCUCGAACCUUUCAACACUUACUUCUAUCGAGUAGGAUAUGCGCAAAAUCUUUACAAUAAACAUCAAUGACAACCUUAACUAAAGAUAGUUAAAGUGUGUCAUUAACACUGUAUAAUUAGAGUCUUGAAAUUUAUUGUGCACUAGAUUGCGUCCUGAACUUAAUUGAUCCGUAGCAAUUCUGCUUAUAAUGAAAAUUGUUGUAAUACUUCAUUAUUUCCUCUUUAUAGGGAGAUGGCAAUAUAAAUUUAUUUUCUCAUUUGAAAGAACUUUUGAAACUAUAUAUUAAGUAUUAACUUCUUUUUUGCUUAGUUCUUGAAAUAUUUUCACUUGAAGUAAUGAGAUGUCCGCCAUCUUGGAUACAUUUUUGAUCUCAUUAACGAUAGUUUUGGUGACGUUACAACAGGGAUUAGUAUUCGUUACUGACCAAAAAUUGAUUGGUUGAUGUUUUAAUUAAAGGUUUUGAGUGUUGUGACGUGACAUGUCUACAAAAAAUGAAGAUGGCGGACAUUUAAUUCCUUUCGAUCAAAAUAUUUGUAGAAGUAAGCAAGAUAUAAAACAACGGUAAAAGAGUAUUGUAUAUGGUCUUAAAAGUUCUUUCAAAUGAGAAAAUAAAAAAUAUGUCGCCAUUUACCUUUAAAUUGUCUUCGAGAAAAGUCGAGUCAUUAACUCAGACUCCUAUUUUCAGGUAUACUAGACUCGAGUCCAAUACGAAAAAUGACUCGACUUGAGUGAGCGAACCCAUAAUAACUCGACUCGGACUCGACUUUUGAUGUCUUCCUUAAAUUAGUCGACUUAAUUCAGCUACCACUUGUUCACAUUAAUUUCAUUAAUAGGGAACUUCGACAUUUUCCCCUAAUUAAUUUGUUUAUUGAGUUUCUCAAUCAUGCACUCGUAGCGGAUUUCCCAACAGGCUAUAUUGCCUAAUGGACAACUUGCAUGUUAGACUAAAUUUUAAUCUAAGUAAAGAGAAGGGAAUCAAACAUAACAGUUAAAAAAACAUAAUCAAAUUAGUAAAAUUGCAAAUUUUAGUUGCGAAAUGUUGUAAAAUACAGAAAAUAUAGCCUUGCGAAGUUUGCAUAUUUUCAGUAUAUUUGUAUUACGUGCGGAAAUUGUUACCAUUUUCGGCUCAAAAAUGGUAACAAUUUCCGCACGUACAGUAAUACAAACGUACUGAAAAUAUGCAAACUUCGCAAGGCUAUAUUUUCUGUAUUUUACAGCAAUUUUCGUCCAAGCUCAAACCGCAAACAUUUUCGCGCGUUUGUUUACAUUUGAAACGUGGCGUUUACCGUUGGAAACGGCAUAUUGUAAACACUGGACUGGACUAUGGACUUUGGACUAUGGACUUUGGACUUUGGACUUUGGACUUUCGAUUUUGAAAUUAUAUUUUUAAAAUAUUCGUAUAAUUAUAUUAAUUAAAAUCUAAACAGAGAACGAAAAUUUGUGCAUGAUACAAUAUUCAAGGUAAAAAAUACUGUCAUGGCAUGCAGUUAUAUAGGUAUACCAGUGCAAUUUCAUAGAUAUAGCCUGUGGGAUAACAGGAUCAUCUCAGUAAUAUUUUUAAGUUAAUAUUUAAGUUAAUAAUUUUAUUAUAAUAUUUGUAUUUAUAGUAUGUAUAGUACAGUUUAUACUGCAGAACUUCUUUAUCGUAUAUAUAAUAGAUUUAUAGAAACAAUUGCGACAAAAGUAGCUUGGCAAAUACAAAAUAUUGAGAAACUAUCACGUACAAGUAUAAACUACACGCGAUUAUUAUUGCGCCUUUGGCUUUGAACAAUUAUUCGCCGAAGGCGAGGCCGUGAUUAUCCGGGAAUUUGUAGUCUCCGUCGCAGCUGCCAGUUGUGUAUGUUUUCUCUGAUGUCUGCGAAGGAGGCUAGGGAAUUUGUCAAAUUUGACCAAUCAACUUGACAACUUGUAGGAUUUGUUGUACUAUUUAUUCACUUGCGCAAAAAUACUAAUGACGGUAUUGUUCAUCUUUGCAUAAUAGUUUACACCGGUUUAGCGCCUGCCUAAAUAGGCUGUGUUUACAAUGUAUUUUGUCUGUGUCAGUUUUAGCUUUUCAUAAGUGUAUUCAGCCAUAGUGAACACGAAAACUCUCAUAGUCAUCAUACUUUAUAAAAUACGAAUGUAUGAUACAUUAUUAUAUAAUUGGUAGUACUGAUUACUUUAUGAUAAUCUAUAGUAAUUAGUAUUACUUUAUGUAUAUAUUUAUUAUUGUCUAUAUAUGGCUCUUUUGCGUACGUUAUGCGGCUGAGCAUUAAUCUUUAUACUACGAUUGCGAUUCCCGCCUGGUUCAUCACUUGCAAGUGGUAGUAUUACUGAGUAAACGUGGCAAAUAUUUGCUAGAAUACCUGAAGCACAUAGACAUAGAUUUUUGCCUUCUCACACACAACUGAGUAGGUCUUAAAAAGUGUGUAAAUUUCCGUUAGUCGAAUAUACCUGUCCAUCUACUAACACUUAAUUAUUAAUAAUAACUGGAGCACUUAGUCUUAUAGUGAUAAGGAUAGCUAACUAGAAUGUCUUUCAAAAAUAAGUAACAUCAACAAAACGUUACUGUCGGUAACGGAGUAAACAAUUACACAAUACAGUACUAGUAUAAACUAUUUUAAUAUGCAAAGAUGAACAGUCACAAUACUCAAUACUCAGUAGGCGCGAUAAUAAUCACUUGUAUAGUUAAUAUUUUGUAUUUGCCGAGACACUUUUGUCACAAUUGUUUCUGACAAUUAAUCUAUUAUCUAUAUGAUAAAGAAGAAGUUCUGCAGUAUACACUGUACUAUGCAUACUAUAAAUACAAAUAUUAUAUAAAAUUUAAAUAUUAAAUCCCAAAAUAUUGGAUAAAUCCUGCUGUCCUACAAGCUAUAUCCGUAUGAAAUUGCACUGCUGGUAUACCUAUAUAACUGAUACUAGAGAUUUUUUACCUUGUAUAUUAUUAUAUCAUGCAUGUGCAUGCAGUAUAGCACGCUUUUCAGCAGCAAAUGUUCGUUCUCUGUUUAGAUUUUAAUAUAAUUAUACGAAAAUCUAAAAAAUAAUAUAAUUUCAAAAUCGAAAGUCCAAAGUCCAUAGUUCAAAGUCCAAAGUCCAGUCCAAAGUCCAGUCCAGUGUUUACAAUAUGCCCGUUGGAAACGGAAUGUUUCACUGCUCAUGUGACGUGUUAUAGUGAAAAGCAUAAUUCAGUUAUUUUUCAUGUUUUGAUGUGCUUUCGUGUACUUUUCAGUAUUUCCAAGCUCACGAUAUUGUAAGAGCGACCAAACUUGUUUAUAUUCAUACUUUUUGUGACUAAAACGUAUUAUCAUGGGCUUGGAAAUAUUGAAACGUGCACGGAAACACGUCAAAACAUGACAGUUGCGCCAAAAAUAGCUUAAGGCUUUUCAAUGUGACACGUCACAUGAGCGGUGAAACAUUUCAGUUUCCAACGGUAAACGCCCCGUUUCAAACGUAAACAAACGCGCGAAAAUGUUUGCGGUUUGUGCUUGGACGAAAAUUGCUGUACAACAUUUCGUAACCAAAUUUUGCAUUUUUACUGAUUUUAAUAAGUUCUUUACGGGAAUUUACUUUUUUUUGCCUAAAUAAAAAAUUAGUCUAACAUGCAAGUUGUCUAUUGAUAGGGGAUCCGACGUACAUACGAUUUAACGCCAUUAUCGUAGAAGACGCGAAAGUCUAACAAUUUAAACAAAUGUCAAUGUAAAGGUAGCACUUUCUCCUCAAUUAUUUUAAGACCUUCAGUAGAUCCGAGGCCCGACCACAGAUUGAACCAGGUCUCUCAUGGCGUUCGAAAGGCAAUUGUGGUGACCACAACACCGCAAGACCUGACUGCAGUGGUUUCUAUAUAGAUCACGAGGAACAUUUGAGGACAUGUGUAAUAUUGUUAGUGACACGUGACAUUCCCAGGGGGGGGGAGGGUUGAGUUGGCGGCAUCCCCAGACUGUUUUUCAAUUUUUCACACUUUUUAUGAGAGAAUAUUAAGGCAAUCAUGCAUAUGAAAAGUGACGUUGUCCGAUUUGAAAAAUAUACUGUAAAAACGAAUUGGUUAAAACAACCAAUUUGAAUCGGAUGCAUUUUCUUUCGACCAAUAUUAUUUGAUCAAAACAACCGAAAAAUUGGUUAAAAUACCCCAAUUUUUUGUUUGUUUUAUAACCAACAAAUAUUGGUCAAAUAAGUGCAGCUGAGACAACCAAUUCAAAUUAGUCAUUUUAAUCAAUCUGUUCUUGCAGCGUAUAUUCUUUGUUUGCAACGACGUAAUUUUGGGAUUUCAGUUGACGGGCGGGUAUAACAGAAAACGGCUAUUUGAAUGUAUUAAUCGAGUUUAGAGACAGUUUAAGACUCGAAAGAUGAAUUGCCGUUCAGUUUUACUUACUACAACCAUUCUGCAUGCAUGAUAGAAGAAAAAUCGUUCACAAGUUGUUUGAUUGCCCGUCAUUUGGAUGAUGAAAAGUCACGUGAUUGCAAACAAAGAAUUGGUGGUACACACGUAAAAAUCUCACAACUUGUCAACAAGAUGUGUUCGCAACAGGCUUGUAGCAAGCUUGUCAACAAGUAACAAAGCUGUUAUUUUAUCAAGUUGCUACAAGGUUGUCACCCACAACUUGUUGACAAAUUGUUGAAUUGCAGGAUGAUAACAAGUCGUUGGAACAACUUGUAACAAGUCUGUUGAACUCAAUAACCUUGUAGCAAGUUGUCAACAAACUGUUGACAACUUGUCAACAAGCUGGGAUCAAGCAGUGCGAACACAUCCUGUUGACAAGUUGUUGGAACAACAUUGCUACAAGUCUGCGGCAGGUUUGUUACAACCUGUGCGUUUUUACGUGUGUAGUUGCAAAAAUAUUCUGAGUCAAUUUCUUCGUAUAUAAACGCUUCGUAAUUGCCAUGUACUGUAUUUGUGACCAAAGACAUUCUUUCAUUUGCCAUAUUGACCUUCAAUACUCGAGUGCGCUAUAUAUAAUUUAUCGCAUAUCAUGCGAAAUAUGUACAUAGGUUUUCCUUCAAAAUUUCCAACCACAAACCUAUAGCAUUGUGUUUUGCAGGGCGAGAUGCGUAAUGUUUUUCUGCAUGAUUAAAUGAUACACAACCAGUGUAGAUGUUAAAAGCCUACGAACAAUAUUAACUAGUCCGAACAUCUGGGGACUGUUUUACACAGCUUGAGGUUAUAAUUAUUUAGAACAAAGCAAAAGGAUUUUUCAAGUUUAUGACAAAAAGUUUGACCCUUGAUGGCUUAUACACUGGAAGAAAAUUUGAAAAUCCAUAGAAUGGAAAUUGCAUGGACCUUUAUUGGAAAUUAUGGAUUUUUGAUUAUCCAUAAUAAUUGUAUAAUCGGAUAACCAUAAUUUGAUUAUCCAUAAUAAUAAUACUAUCGAUAUACAUUUAGUAUAGAAAUGGUGCAAUUGCAAAUCUCAUAGUAUGGAUUUCACAUUUUUCCCAGUGACAUAUUCAACACAUCAAAACCAUGUUGAAUUCUAUUCUGGCUAUCCCAAGGAUUAUAGUGUAACAUGCAGCUCUUUAGUUAGGACAAAAAACCUAAUCAAGACGUGUUUAUUACAUAGGAAUAUGAAGAACUUCAGAUUAAACUCUCACAACUUCGGUUUAAAGAGAAAGAGCUAUUGGAAUCCAGAUGGCCAUCCAGCAGUGAUAAUCACUCGUGUUCUACGGACCACCCGACCGACACAGAAAGUUUACCUUCAUGUACGACACCGACCUCGUCAAGUUCAAGAACUAGCUCGACAACAUGUGACGUCCCUGGCUCUCCUGUGACGUAUGCGCAUGUCAGAGUUUAUCUUCCAAAUAAACAGCGCACUGCUGUAAGUAUAUACUGUUUCAAGUUAAUGUGCAACACGAGCAGACAUAUUGCAUGAAAUAGAUAAAUAUACGUGAUUUUGAAGGCUCGUAAACACUACGCUCAAUUUUGGUACCCAUACCAUUUUUAUCCAUGCCGGGACUACCUACUUUUAAAGGCCAAGUACGGAUAAAUUUGGUACGGGUACCAGUUUUGUCCAUGCCGUACCAAAAAUUGAGGUCUAUCAAAAUGUCUCUAUCAAACAAGAUUGGAUAUCUCAACAUAGAAUCAAGUAAACAACACUGCAAAAAAAAUUAAAAACUUGAACACAAAACUUAAUAUACAUGCAGUAUCAUAUAAUAACGCUAAGAAUUCAAGCGGUCGAGAGCCAUGAUCUAUUAGAGGGCAAACGCACGGAAUUACGUCACACAAAACUAUUUGUUCCGUGCAGCCAAUCACAACACAGCACGUGACUUGCGGUAGCCAAUAGCAUUCUCUUAUUUGUAUAUAGAUCAUGUACGCGUGAUAUUUGUAAAAUUUUGACUUUUUCAAAUUUCCAAAUGUUUGCGUGGAUAAAAAGAAAGCUAUUUACCUGUUUAAUUCGGGGGGGGGGGUUCUUUUUAUUAUAUAAAACAAAUAGAUAAGAUUUUGCCGUUGUCUGUUCAGUUAUAUAUACACAAUAUGACAUCAUAAUGUGGAAAGAACAAAAUAGUGACCCACUCGCCUCGACGGCUCCUCAGCCACUUUUUUGUGGCGAGUGUUAAAGAAAACGAAACGGAAAAAAAUAACGGAACGAUUUUAUUAUUCACUGGUAUUUUCCACCGCUCAAAGCUAAUGCCAGGAGACAGUCGAAUUUCAUGACACGUGAUACGCUCUCGUUCAAUGAGAUGCAAUGAUGCACAUGGACUUUGUAUACUUGUUUAUAACGAAGGCUUUUAGCUUGCAGGGUUUCAAGACUGGCUGCCCGAAAAAUAUAGUGGGUGUGGCUGUCUAUUUUUGUGGUCAAUUGCCAUUUUCUCAUAGUCCAACUUCUUUUCGACAUGCAAUAGAUAAAGUAAAGAGCAGCUGACGACUUUUGAGGUAUUCAAGAAAUAUUACAAAGCUUCCGCCAGUUGCUGUUUAAUAUAUCAUCGCAGAUAAGAAAACAUUUGUGUUAGGCCGUCCAUGACCACGUAUAAGUCCUAAUUCAAAAGUGGCCGUCAAAUUUGAACGGCCGUCUGGCUAAAUGCCCGGUGUACGCUGUAUAGGUAGUACACCAGUAUCAAAUCAUUGCACUUAAUCUCAACGUUUGUUUGUGUAGAUCAAGUAUAAACCAGGGACAACGAUCGAAGAAGCUCUCAGUAAGGGAAUGAUGAUGAGAGGAUUAUCUACAGAUAUGUGUUUUGUUGUUCGCCUAUCAACACCAGGUCGUACUAAGUAAGGGGAAAAUAUAUUAUUUUUUAAAAUCUUGUAUGUUUAUUAUAUAUGAGAUUUUCUAACGUAAAUGAUCACAGUGUAAAAACAACCUGGUUAAAACAACCCAUAAAUUUCAUGGUCGUCUCGGACCUGUUUUAGACGUCGAAUUUAAAUCGUUGAAUAGGACAAUAGCAACAAAAAAUUUUAUUGUCUCAUUUGAAAGUACGAUUAUCUUUAAAAUCUUGUUAUAGAUUUUUUAUGUCUUGUUUGAUUCUUGAAAUAUUUUGAUUGAAAGCAAUGAGCUGUCCGCCAUCUUCGAUUAUUGAGGAUAUGCGUAUUGCGUCACAAGUGGUGUCACUCAAGCUUUUUUUCUUGACAGCCAGGGAUCAAUAUGAAGUAAAACCUGUUUUGUAUUUGUAUUUGUAUUUAUUAAAAUUCAAUACAUAUAAUUCCAUAUAUUUACAAAUAUCAAAUUAGAUGUAUUAGGGCAUACCAUAAACAGAAUUCAAGAUUCCCUCAAGAAUGGUUUCCCAAUUACAAACAGAACAUUAAACUAACAUCACAGGACACAUAAUACAAAUAAUUCCUAAAUUAUAUAAUUUUACAAUUUCUAAAUUAAAAGUCUGAAUUAUAUAUUUUUUUUUUAUAUAUUUUCUAAAUUUCUAAAUUGCUACUUCAAAUUUCGAAUUGACUAAAACGAUUUUAAACAACAUUUGAUUGUUAGUCGGUAACUUAGAAGUAAUUUUUAUAAGGCUAACCACGCUCCUGACGUUAUCAAAACGACAGGUAAUAAGGUUAAGAAUUAAUCCAAGAUGGACAGCUCAUUGCUUUCAGUCAAAAUAUUUCCAGAAUCAAGCAAGAUGCCAAAAAUCUGUAAAAUAUUUUAGAGAUAAUUAUAAAGUUCUUUCAAAUCAGACAACAAAAAUUUUUGUAAAUUGAUUUCAAAAUUCCGUUGAGUAACUUCACAAGCAUGAAAUUUACGAAAUGAAAUUCGACGUCUAAAACAGGUCUGCAUAUUCAUUUGCUCGAGACAACCAAUUUAUGGGUUAUUUUAAGGUAUACGUUUACACGCGUAUAUACGAUUCGUAUUCUGGCGUAUAUGUAAUCGAAUAGGCACGCGAAAAGUAGUUACUGUACAUUUCAAAUUUCGCUGUGAACUAAAAGAAGAGGAGUUGUGGCGUCAGCAGUAAUUUUCAUACGCCAGAAUACGUAUCGUACACGACAAAUCGCAGCGUGUAAACACACCUAUAACCAAUUUGUUUUGACAGCACAUGCAUGCAAAUCAGGCGCUCGUACUUUAGCUAGAACUUAAUAUAUUCUUUAUAGACAAGAAAUAUCUUGGAACACUGAUCUCUCAGAACUAAACGAAGGCGAUGAGGUACUGUGAAUAUAUUUGACGAAGUUAACGAAAGUACUCUGUACAUACCAAUGUGCAUUUCAUUUUGCACAUACACCGUACAUUGGCGUCUACUUUUUAACCCGUUUCCACCAUCACGUGAAUUUUCUUGGGAUGAACAGAUGGUUAUUAUAUAACAUCAGUUGACCAAAGGCCAUGUUACACGGUGCAAUCUUUGAUGCAUGCAACUUGCAACACAAUUUCGGAUACAGAGCCAUGUUAUCCAGGGGCCCUUGGUUAUAUAUAUAAUUACAAGGACCAGGGGAAUUUUAACGUUGGUGUUUUUAGAGCUAGAGUGAAAAAGUGAAUACCAAAGUUGGAUUAUCUUAUUUUUCAUCGGGAUAAGAAUCGCUACAAAAAUUGCAUGGACACUCUUAAAAAACCCUUCAAUCUUUGUACUGGAUUUGCCUCAUUCGUGUCAGUGUAGUAUAGUUCUGUCUCUGUCCGAGGUACGAAGUAAGAACAAAAAUUAUGACCAGUGUGAUUAUGCCUAUAGGAUCAUGGUGAUUUGGUUAAUAUUUUUAGAUAUCAGUGGAAAAACGUGGAAACAUUCCAAUAUCAAGUAGCAUUUCUCACAACUUUGUAAGUAUAAUAAUCAUGUUAGAAAUCGAUUGCAUGUAUAAAACUGUCUUUACAAAAACUUCCGUAUCACUCAAUACUUUUGAAGGUAUUAACCUCAAGUCCUUCUUACUCCUAAAAAGAUAUAAUAUACACAUAUAGAUAGCAUAUUUCACAUGCAGGGAUGAGAAGAUAUGGAUUUUAUCUUUGAUUGGAACAUAAAUUCAUCUCUUCAGGCAAAUGUGUCGGUGUUUCUUUUGUUUAUUUAUGGAAAAGAUCCACGAGUACAGAAUGCUACAAGUUUGAUCUGAUUUACAAAAACGACGUUAUAGUUUGUCUUGAAAUAAAAUAUUUUAUUUUUUAAACCUCUAAUUCGUUACGCAAAUUUACUUCUGUUGUUGUUCCUUCCAGUGGCGGACACUAUAAAUAUUGGGGCUGCGCAUUUAGAUCGCUAUACUGAAUGCCAUAAACAUAUUCGUUUAUUCAGCAUCGAAUAUUAUACUCUGCGCAUGUCUGGAUGCGUUGAUGUCGUCGUGUUGUACCACAUGAAGAAUCUUGGUGAGAGCAAGCUCAUGCGAUAUAUAAAUAUACGAAUGCAUCGCAUAUCUAGACGUGUACCAAGAUGCACUGACGAGGCGCAGAACGCCGAAACAUGCAUGUCUGCAGAUUGUACUAUAUACCAAAAAUGAUCAAAUUUUCAUAGUGUAGAAAGAGUGGGUUUAGGGUUUAAGGUUUAGAGAUUCGAAGGACCACCUUUUUUUACCUUCUCUACCUUCGGUCUCGGUCCGCUUCUGAGAUUUUGGGAAAGUAUUUUUCAGUACGGACUUCCCAGCCGGUAAAUAACAUAUUUACUUAAUAUAGUUGUCUCAACUUCCUUUAAGUGUAAUCCUUUAUUUUCAGAUAAGGAAAACAUUUUUCACCUUAGCAUUUUGUGACGCGUGCCGUAAACUGCUUUUUCAAGGAUUUCGGUAAGUUUCUCUUAUUGAACUUAUAUAAUAACCAGGCCUAGAAAAUAUAUUUCUCUAAUUCCUGGCAGCAAAAUCGAAAACUAAAGAUUUCCUGUGCAAGUCAAAUAUAUUCCUACAUAGGUAUGUUUCAGGAACGUGUGGUGCGUAUUGUGAUAAACUUCAAUCUCAGAACAUGACAAUCAGGACUUGCAAUAAGUAAAUUAUGGCAUUUCAGUAUAUAAGAUGACUGCAAGGUGUAAGAACAUUUCCUGCGAAGAUACUUUGUUAAACGUUUCCUGGCAGCAGUGCUGCUCGAGCUGCUGCGGACAUUUUCCAGCAAUGUGUGUGCCUUUGAAUGAAGCUCCAAACGAAAAGACCCGUAUGAUGCGUUGCCGUUUGUAUAAAAUCGAUAGCCUACAAUCCUGGACAAAACCAUCUGCGACACUCUAUUAAAACCGAUAAAACAUUCCUUUGUGGCUUUUUUUACCAGUUAGACCGGAAUAAUUUACUCGUUUGCCCCCCUCCGCCCCCAAAAACAAUGUUGGACGUUUUAUCCGUAUUCUACGAAUCCAAUCAACAUUGAAUGGUGGGGGAAAGGGGGAGGUUUUCUAAAUUUACGAUAACAUUACGAUAUUUUGUCAAGUAUAAUUGGAAGUGUCGCAGAUGUUUUGUCCAGGAUUGUAGGUCAGUGGCGAAGCUAGCCAUGGCAACUGGUCAUGCUAUGCUAAUAAACCUACAUCUAAAUAGACGAUACAUUUCUAAAUGUUUGAAUUAUGCAAAUCAAUUAAAAAUUUGGAUAGCAUGACCUGUUGCUAUGGGUAGCAUCGCUACUAGUCUAGGUUCAAUCUCCCCGUCAUGAUUUAAGUGACGUAAUGUCGUCAAGACAUGAUUUAAGUGACGUAAUGUCGUCAAGACAUGAUUUAAGUGACGUAAUGUCGUCGAGUCUCUAAUAAGAAGCAUGCAAGGUCUGUACAGAUCAAAGAUGUCGCCAAAUGACGCUUAAAUCUCUUUCCAUCGCGCUUCAAAGCCCGAACACCUUUCGGUGCGAACUUAGUUGGGCUUUUUUCAACUUCCUUUAUUACGUGAAACAUGCUUGUCAGAACAGGGUAUCCUAGGUAGUGGCGCUACCUGCAAGUGUCUGAAGCUAACUGCAAUCCUUGUCUGAACUCUGAAGUUUUUAUACAUACUAACUAAAAAAAUACUUAAAAAUUUCCACAAACUAAUUGCAAAAUUUUUUUGGCUACCUGCAAGAAAACUAAAUAUACAGGCAUGAUAUGAAACAACUAUUAAAUAACAUUUUGUGCCGUUGUCUGUACAGAUAUAAGUGUGUUUGGCAAAUACAACGGCAACGUCAAUAAAGACGUGAUCAUGAUCAAUCGAUUUUUACUCCAAGACAAAGGCGACUAUAAAUUGUAUUCCCUUGAGCAUUCUAGUAUGCCAUAGUUCUUCAAACUGCUAUACAUUCUUUUCACGGCUCGUAACCACGCCAACAGUUAAAACGUCCGAAGUCGUGCGGGGGGGGGGGGGGUUUUAUGGGAAUUUACUGACUAUUGCUUCUUGAGGGUUGUUUAGAAGGAAGAUAAGUAGUUUUAAGAACAAAUGAGGUUUACAGCUAUGUGUGCGUUAUCUCACUUACGUUGCCAUUGUCGGUUGCCAAACUCUCUAUAAAAAAUAAGAAAAACAGUGAUCUCCAGUCUCGACAGCUCGUGGACCUGGGGCCAGUUGUUCCAAGCUCGAUUAACACGAACCAUUCAUGGUUAAAAUUUAACCUGCUGUUUUAAUUCGUUUAUUUCAAAAGUGUAUAGGGAAUAAAACUUUUAUUGGUCUAGGUAAGAUUUCUGGAAAACGUUUUCAAGCUUAUAAACAAUUUGUUGGAACAUUUGCUUUAACAUUUUUCGUUAUAACCCAAGGUCAAACACUAACCCGUCGUAUUCGAACAACUGGCUCCUAACAGCAAAAUGUUGUGUGUUUGUUGAACACUGUUUUGUUUACAGAUGUCAGAUAUGUGGGUAUCGGUUCCAUCAAAGAUGUGCUGCUAAUGUUCCUUUUAUAUGUCUGGCUGUUCAACAGGAGAAGGUUUAUGAAUUGUAAGUGUGUGGACUUUCUAAAGGCUGAUUCACACUACACAAUUUUUUCCUAAAACUGUCGCAUGCAACCUGCUUACGUUAACUAAUUGAGUUGUACUGUAUAAAUCAAGCACGACAACGUUAGGCGUGAAAUUUGAAUUUUGAAAAAAAUUUGAAUUAGUGUAGGUAAUAGCAGUUUCACGUGUAAUUUAAUUUAAGGUUACUUCACACGAUGAACGUGCGUUUUAGUCUAUUGGCCUUCUCACGCCGCCGUUUUUGGGGUACUGUAAUUUUUCGUAAGCGAUUAUAACAACGUGAAAAGCAAUAUUUCAGAACAAACUAACUAUUUACCAAAUUUACCAUCAUACGUCCAUAAAAUUAUAAAAUGUUGCCGCUACGUGGUGUUACGCUCGCAGGAUUGGCAAAAAGUACCCCAAAAAUGGCGGCGUGAGAAAGGCUAAUUGGACAUUGCGCAACGAAUUUUAGGUGUAACUUUACCAAAUUUUCAGUGAGGAAAGCCGGGAAAAUGCUGAUUUCGAAAAUUUUCAUUCGAUGGGUGUUCAGUGAAACAGGCAGGUUGCGGCCGUUGACCAAGUGCGUAAUCAUUUGAGAGGGCUACGACAGGAAGGCACCAGUGUGUAGCCUAGUUUGACAACUUCACAAUCAUGUUUACCAUCUUAUUUUGUUUCUAGUUUGUUUUUGUGAUUUCACUUCCAAAUCAAAAGUUGGUUUGAUAAAGAAAUUAGCACCCCCUUGCGUCCCGUUGUAUAAAUCUAUCCCUGCAAUUUUAUCUAAAUGAAAUAGGAACUGUUUUGUGAAUUGAAAUUAAAUAAUUCAAAUUAAUUCUUUUCAAUAUAUAUUAUUAUAAUGAUAUAUUUUCUUCUUAGUCUCGUGAAUAUUAACAACCGCGAGGAAGAAGCCAACUUCAACGAGAGAGGAAAUCCAGAUAAUCUAAUAUCAAGGGAGCGAUCUAUAUCCGCCCCAAAUGUUCAUAAAAUCGGUUUACCUGAUGGUGAGGUAAUUAUGCCUGCAAUUUGUUAAGAAGAGGAGGUUUUAGUUAGCUGAGUGAAUUUUUAACGAUCUGUUUCGUUUCAUUUCAUUCAUGUGGGAGAAAAACUGUCUGUCUGUCUGUCUGUCUGUCUGUUUGUUUGUUUGUUUGUUUGUUUGUUUGUUUGUUUGUUUGUUUGUUUGUUUGUUUGUUUGUUUGUUUGUUUGUUUGUUUGUUUGUAUUAUGCGGUCAUUUGAAACUGACCAGCAGAAAUUUUCACAACCUCUUUGUUUUCCUUUAGAACGCAUUUCAGUACCCAAAAGAUCCAUCGGCGACUAUUUCAGGUAAUAUUACUAAUAUAAGCUAAAUCGUUCGCACGUUAAGUGGACAACGCUGUCUGUAAUGUUAGGCUGGUUAAAUAUUAGAUAAUAAUGCAUAAUGAUUCAAGCACGUUAUACGUGAAAGAACAGCCCAAAAAUAAAACACACAUCAAAUCAUUGUGGGGGAAUGGGAUCAGGGUGAAGUGAACCAAUUAUAUACAUUAUAUGUAGUCUUAAACUCUGGUCAACCCAAAAACGCAUUAAGUCUUAUGUUUUCGUCCCGCAGGGUUAUAUAUAAGACCUGCGAUAGGAGUCAUAACCCCUUAUAGGGCUCUGCCAGACUGGUAGUGACCCCCUUUGACAUAGACCUGAACCAAGGGUGAUAAUCCCCCUUGGACAGUACCUACGAUUCGACUGAUCAUAUUUACAUUAAAUAACCUGAAUCUAUGAACCCCAACAAAUACACUGAAUGUGUAUUCCCCAUAGACGAAGAAUCCAACUUUCACCACAUCUGUAAUCGUAUAGAAGACAUAUAUUUGAGCAUUCCCAUCACUCAUACUACAGAUGGAAAGUCAGGGAGGCCAGGAAAAACCUGCAAUAUAUCCAGUUUCCCCACAAAGCUUCUAUCUUACAAGUUCUUAAUUGGAGGGUUGGUAACACGACAAAUUCAACAAACAAAGCUUACCGUCAAGGCACAUUUUAUUUAUUUAUUUAUUUUUUAAAGAUUUAUUUCUUUUUAAUGUAAUCGUGUACAAUAACAUACAUGCAUUUGUUAACCACAUGAAGCUUACAUUUUUUUAAAAUUUAGUUGCAUUCCACAAUCAACGGCAAAUUAAGAAAUUUCAUCACGAAAGGCUCUUUUCAUCCACUAAUCGCAAAAACCAACUUAGUGCUUGUAUCUAAUUAAAAUAAACUGUUGAGCAUUGUGAUUGGAUGAGAGUACUCGCGAAUUGACUCUUGCGAUGAAUGGAAAAGUGCCUUAACCCAUUGAGCCGAGCCGCAAUGCGCCCCAGUGCGCCCUACUUAUUUUUUUCACUUGUCUAACGCCAGACGAUUUUACUCGUCAAUGGAGAAGCUAUGCAGUUUAAUGUGUUAACCAAAAAAUCUGACAAUGUCUCUAGUUAAACCAUUGAGCCCCAGUGCGCCCUACUUUUUUUUACUUGUCUAACGUCAGACGAUUUACUCCUCAAUGGGGAAGCUCUGCAGCUUAAUGGGUUAAGCUUCAUUCGAAUGAAAAUUUUCUACCUCUACAAAAAUGAAAUCUUCAAGAAUGCAGUAUAUAUUCUAGUCUUAACGAGUGUUUAUUUAUGUGCAGUUGCAAAUGCAGCUCGACUAGGUGUAGAGAGAAGGAACACUCGGUAUCAAAGUGUAGGAUCACCUCCUCCGGUAUACAACGUUUUCGACCCCAAUGGAAAAGAAUUCAGGAGCGACUUCGCCUUACAUACUGGAAAUCACGUUUUACCCGAGCGACCGUUGACGCCGAAUCUUGGCUUAAAUCGUCCUACCACGCGGUUUAAAUCCCGUGCGAAAUCUUCGUCUGAAGUGGUAAGUCAAAAUAACUAAGUCUUGAUAUGAUUCUUUCAUCCAACACGUGUCAUCUUUGUACAUUAAUAAAAUGGACACUUGUGCAAGUUACACAAGUAGUUUUCUCAAGAAAUUAUUGUACGUUCAAUUUGAGUCUUUAAGUUAUUAUUAUGUAAGGUAUGAAUAAAAUGGCAAACUUUGGAUUGUAUAAUUUAGAGAGAAAUGCGACCUCGUCAUAAUUCGAACGAUGACUGGGAAAUUCCGGAAGAAGAAGUAGAAAUGGGUGAACGGAUAGGAUCUGGUUCGUAUGGGACAGUUUUUAAAGCGCAAUGGCAUGGUACGUUCGUUUAUUAAAUAUUUGAUAGUUUCAUCCUUGCUUGCUAACAUCCGUUGCAUUAUCUUUCGUAAUUGAGACCCGUUGCGAUUUUAGGCGCGGUUUUCUUCUUGUGAUUGAUGUAAACGAGUGGAUGAGUUAUGAAUGUUUAGAUGAGGGUGCAUAUAGCUGAGAAUAUCAUAACUCAUCCGCUCAUUCACAUGCAUCUAAAGACGAAAAUCGCACUAUAUAAAUGGCAGCAAAUAUUACAGAUCUGAUAAACGGCCCAGAAUCAUGCCCAGACGCAAUUUUUUCGCUAUAGAAAUGUUAAUCGUAAUAUUUUGAAUCUCUUGUGUUUAGGUACAGUUGCUGUUAAACGAUUAAAUAUAACAGAUCCCACACCAGCACAACUUCAAGCUUUCAAGAACGAAGUAGCCGUACUACGGUAAUGUAACUAAGAUCACGUAGUAGAUCGGUAAAAUCGUAAAAUAAUCUCGAGUGGGAUUAAACUAUCAAAUCUGGUGCAAUAUUACAACUGAUGUUGAACCAUAUAUUAACUAUGGUUGAACUGAAUAGGAUUUUGAAUUUUCGUUGCUGUGCAAUAUAUAGCAAUUGCUGUACCUCAUUUGGUGCUUUUGUCACAUGCAAAAUGCACUUGCAGUUCUUAUGAGCUUUUGCACAGUGGCGGACACUUCGAGAAAUAUUGGGGGAGGGGGAGGGGGAGGGAGGGGGGCGAAGUAGUUUUUCGUCUUAAAUUUCAUUCAAUAUAUAGUUUAAUAUUUAGGUGAUCAAUUUUUAGGUGACCUCAGCUUAUUUAAUAUUUAGGUGAUCACAGCUUAUUGCUGUACAGCUAUAAUUCAGAAAUUAUUGGGGGGGUUCCGCUAGUGUUCGCAAUUGCUGUUGCGCGCCCUGGCCAUAGCACUUCACUGGAUCCAAAGUACUUAUUAUGUAAAUAGUAUAUAUGGAUCUCGGUCGAAAUAGAACGGAAAUCCGAUUUUCACACUAAUUUCAAUUUCCAUGCUAUGGAUAUAUAGUAUACUGUAUGUAUAUAGUAUAUGGUAUAUGAAAUUGGAGAUUCCAUAGUACGGAUUUCACAAUUUUUUUCCAUUGCUAUAGUAUGAACUAUAUGUGUCUGUCACUAAAACGCCAUUUAUAUUUGCAGGAAAACGAGACAUAUUAACGUGUUACUAUUCAUGGGAUGUAUAUCAAAACCGUCGCUAGCGAUCGUCACGCAAUGGUGCGAGGGCUCGACGUUAUACCGCCAUCUUCACGUGAACGAAUCAAAAUUUGAAAUAUUACAAUUGUUAGAUAUAGGCAGACAAACAGCCCAAGGAAUGGAGUAAGUAUCUCUGGUAAAGAGCAUAUAUAGGCUGAUGAGUGGGCCCGAUACCGUUGUAAACGUGUAUGUAAACACCCAGAAAUAAAGGACGUCGGCGGCUUAGUGGUUUAUGCAUUGGCCCUUUGGGGCGCUUCGGGAACAUGUGAGAACAUUGCUUCCAUCUACAAUGCCAAACCGCAGAGCCUAGUCACUUUAAAGACUACAUUUAUUAUAUAGAUUUAUGUUUUACUUUAGUUACCUCCAUGCGAAGUCAAUUAUUCAUCGUGAUCUAAAGUCAAACAGUAUCCUUUUGUUUUAAAGUUCGGAAAUACUCGACAAUUAGAGAAACAAGUUGCGACCCCUCAGGCCCUAACAGGCAGCUUGUCGCAAUUGAGUGGCAAAUGCUUUUUUUAAUAAUAUCAUCUUUGUUAAGCAAAAUGCGUGAAGCUGCUAUCAUAGAAAGAAACUUCAUUUCUUGCUACCUACUGGAUAUUGGAGUCUGUAGCUCUGUAACUCUGUCAGUCGGGUAAAUCUUGUAUUGGAAUCACAGCAAUGCAUGUCAGAGGCAGUAGGACGUUUUGCCUUCCAUGUUAAGUUUGUUUUGAAUUCCCUUUUUUUGUUCCGGCAAAGUCGAAGUCAUCUUAUUAUGCUCGUGCAAGUCGUGUGGCCGUGCAAGUCGUGUGGCCGUGGCAACGACUCUCAAAAUGAGCCACCCUUUUCCUUGAUUUUUUCUUUGUAGGUUCUUUUUGUGUCUUAAAGAAAUUUCACGACACACCCGUACAGGACGUUGUGUCAUCUUUGAUUGAAAAAUCGUCCCUCUUUCAAAAUGGCCGGCGUUUGAGGGGCGAGUGAUUAGAAAAUGGUUCGUUGUGCUUUUGUGCAAAGUGGUUUUACGAUAUAUGGCAUAAGUGGAAUAACGAAAAUAACAAGAUGGUUGCUUUAGUCACAGACACCUAUACUUUAGGAUGUACUUUCAAAACCUGCUUAUUGUAAAUUCUCAUUUACUGGAGUAUUCAUGCAGUAGACUAAAUAUAUUUCCAUAAUUGCUUUACUGUAUAUAGCGUUUUUCAUUAAUAAUUCGUCGCUUUGUAGAUAUUACCCUUGAUUUAUUGUCUACAGAUAUCUUUCUUCAAGAAGAUUUAACGGUGAAGAUUGGCGACUUCGGUCUAGCGACAAUAAAAUCAAGGUGGAGUGGACAGAAUUUUGAAAAUCCAUCUGGCUCCAUAUUGUGGAUGGUAUGUAAUCAGUGUAUCGUGGGAGGGGUAUUACCAUAUUACCACGAAAUUGUCGCACUUUUGUUCCUGCUAGUUGCAGUUUGCCUUAAGUUUCAUGCAUG